AUGAGCAAGGCCUUCAACAAUCUGGCUUUUGACAUCAUGACGGCUGUCUCCUUCGAUACCGACUUCAACACAAUGGAGAAACCAGAGUAUCGGUUUGCUCUCAAAGCCAUCGAGGACUCCAACGUACGCCUUGGUGUGCUUUUGCAGGCGCCCGAGCUCAGUGUCAGGUCUCUAGACAAGAAGUUGUUCCCCACAGCCUACGUCGCGAAGUACAAGUUUGUCAAGUUCAUUCGCAUGGUGAUGGCCAAGCGCCUCGCUGCGUCGAAAGCCACGUCCAAGGACAUCUUCUCGUUCCUCCAAGAUUGCAAAGAUCCCGAUUCUGGUAAAGAGCUUAGUAUUGCCGAGCUGAGUACCGAAACAGCAACGUUCAUCGUUGCUGGUGCGGACACUUCGUCUACCAGUAUGGCUGCAGUUUCGCAUUACAUAACAGGUUCCUCGAAUUGCUACCGCAGGGUCGCUGAAGAGGUCCGGAGCACGUUCUGUUCCGUGGACGAGAUCUGUCUCGGACCAAAGCUUAACUCCUGCGCUUUCUUGCGCGCCUGCAUCGAUGAAGCUCUGCGGCUGUCGCCUCCCGGCGGCAGUGCUCUUUGGCGAGAGGUCGAGCAGGGAGGCACUCUAAUUGACGGAACUUACGUUCCGGGCCACUGCGAGGUUGCCGUGGGAAUUUACAGCAUUCACCACAGCGCGGCAUACUACACGAAGCCGUUUACCUACGACCCGGAGAGGUGGUAUCGACCUCUAGACGCAAAAGGAUCGAGGUCUGAGGCACCGCGGUCGCCGUACAUGCCCUUCUCAGUCGGACCACGCAGCUGCGUCGGCAAGCCACUGGCAAUUGCGCAAAUGAUGAUCGUCUUCGCACGACUACUGUGGGAAUAUGACAUGCGGCGGGCGGAUUACAAGAGCGAUUGGGCUGAAGGAGACUACAGUUCAACUGAAUACGCCCUAAAGGACCACUUGACGGCAUGGAAGGAAGGCCCGGUCUUGAGGUUCAGCCCGCGCCUCAAGCCUUAG